UACAAGAUUGGUCUUCAAUUAUUUCUUACAUUCAUAUGCUUACCUUUGUCCUGACAGUUCAAGAUGGCAGAAAUAGCUCAAAUGCAUACUCAUCAAGACAUGUAUUACAGGGUUGUGAUGGAAAACCAAAACAGAUAUCAUUGCAUUAAACUCUGUCCUUAAUCUUCCUCCUGACUUUGACUCUGCCAUCAAGCUUUGUAAAGGUCAAUUACUUUAUGGGUGGAUUUUUGAGUGGGCAGAUACAUUUGCUAUGACACCGCACAACAGCUCCUGAAAAAAAAUUCCUGUUACUUCAUCUGCAGUCUGCUCCCAGAAAUAUUUGUCCAUCUUUAAGUCAGGGGGCAGACUUCAGGACACAAAUUGGGUUGGCCUGUUCAGAAAUUGCGGCUUUCAGACAAGUUUAAUAGUGGAGUUCGAGAUAGUGAACUCCACUAUUGUCUACAAGGAAAUAAGAACUCUCUUCUUGAUAUUGUUUUAAUCUGGAUGGGUGGCUCUGACUCCGCACAACCCUCUAAGGGGAGGGGUUCACUUGAAUGACCAGCUAUAGCCGGUGAAAGUUGUUUGCCAGGGAAGCACACACCCUGCAUUUGUACUAGGACACACACACACCCCAACACAAACACACACGGAGUUGAUUUCUGGAUCAUAAACUAACUUCAGGAACAAGAGAGCAACAAAGGGAAGGAAAUCUGGCUGUCGGAACAAGAAGUGAAGCUGCAGGUUAUGGAUUCUGAAAAAGGUGGGGACUACAAGCGCUCGACACUUGUAGAUAUUAACGGAGUCCCUUUUCCAAGUGAAAUGAUCAAUGGAUGGGGUGCAAUCCGGAACUUCAGGGCUCGGCCUGAUGACCUUCUUAUCUGCACUUACCCCAAAGCAGGAACAACCUGGAUACAGGAAAUUGUGGACAUGGUCCUGCAUGGAGAGGAUCUGCAGAAAUGUGCUCGGGCUCCUAUCCAUGAACGAAUGCCUUUCAUAGAGAUGGUCCUUCCCAAACUCAAUAUCUCUGGUGUUGAAGAAGCCAAUGCAAUGGCCUUUCCACGCACCCUCAAGUCUCACCUCCCAGUCCAGCUCUUGCCUCCUUCUUUCUGGGAAGAAAAGUCCAAGAUUAUUUAUGUGGCCAGGAAUGCCAAGGACAAUGUUGUCUCUUACUUUCACUUCCACCGGAUGAACAAGACAAUGCCAGAGCCUGGAACCUGGGAAGAGUUUCUGGAGAUUUUCAUUGCUGGGAAAGUUUCCUAUGGUUCAUGGUUUGACCACGUUCGUGGCUGGUGGGAGGCCAAGGACCGACAUCCGAUUCUCUAUCUCUUUUAUGAAGACAUGAAAGAGAACCCAAGUCAAGAAAUCCGGAAAGUUGCCGAGUUCCUAGACUUACAGCUCCCAGAAUCAGUUCUGAAUCAAAUUGUUCAGCACACGAAAUUUGAGCACAUGAAAGCAAAUCCGAUGACUAAUUACACCACAAUGCCUUCCAGCUUGCUGGAUCAUAGUAUAUCCCCCUUCAUGAGAAAAGGCACUGUAGGAAACUGGAAGGAGCACUUCACUGUGGCUCAAAGUGAGCGGCUGGAUGACCUCUGUGCCCAGUUGUUGAAAGGCAGUGGCCUGACUUUCCGCACAGAGCUGUAGCAUUGUUAUGUGCUUAAGACAAGCUCCUACACAAACCUGGAAUGUAUUUAAAUAAUAAAGAACCUCUAAAAACAAAAAAAGACAUGC